GGUUUACCGAGAUCUGUGACCGGCGGCACCUGGUGCGGGGGGCGGCGUGCGGUCGGGCCAUGACGGGCAAUGCUGGGGAGUGGUGCCUUAUGGAGAGCGACCCCGGGGUCUUCACCGAGCUCAUUAAAGGAUUCGGUUGCCGAGGAGCCCAAGUAGAAGAAAUAUGGAGUUUGGAGCCUGAGAAUUUUGAAAAAUUAAAGCCAGUUCAUGGGUUAAUUUUUCUUUUCAAGUGGCAGCCAGGAGAAGAACCAGCAGGCUCUGUGGUUCAGGACUCCAGACUUGACACAAUAUUUUUUGCCAAGCAGGUAAUUAAUAAUGCUUGUGCUACUCAAGCCAUUGUAAGUGUGUUAUUAAACUGUACCCAUCAAGAUGUCCACUUAGGAGAGACAUUAUCAGAGUUUAAAGAAUUUUCACAAAGUUUUGAUGCAGCUAUGAAGGGUUUGGCACUGAGCAAUUCAGAUGUGAUUCGACAAGUUCACAACAGUUUUGCCAGACAGCAGAUGUUUGAAUUUGAUGCAAAGACGUCAGCAAAAGAAGAAGAUGCUUUUCAUUUUGUCAGUUAUGUUCCUGUUAAUGGUAGGCUGUAUGAAUUAGAUGGAUUAAGAGAAGGACCAAUUGAUUUAGGAGCAUGCAAUCAAGACGACUGGAUCAGCGCAGUGAGGCCAGUUAUAGAAAAAAGGAUACAAAAGUACAGUGAAGGUGAAAUUCGAUUUAACCUAAUGGCCAUUGUGUCUGACAGAAAAAUGAUAUAUGAACAGAAGAUAGCAGAGUUACAAAGACAACUUGCAGAGGAGGAACCCAUGGAUACUGAUCAGGGUAAUAAUAUGUUAAGUGCUAUUCAGUCGGAGGUUGCCAAAAAUCAGAUGCUUAUUGAAGAAGAAGUACAAAAAUUAAAAAGAUAUAAGAUUGAAAAUAUCAGAAGGAAGCAUAAUUAUCUGCCUUUCAUUAUGGAAUUGUUAAAGACUUUAGCAGAACACCAGCAAUUAAUACCACUUGUAGAAAAGAUUUUGAGAAGCACUUUGAGAAGACACUACAUUACACUGAUAAAAGACCAUAAUACAUGGCAAAAGAAAAACAGAAUGCAAAGAAAGCUCAGGAAACCAAAUGAAGAGGAUGCUUUGGGAUGUGUAUACAUUUCUGCUUCUGCACUUACUUUCAUGGAAACUAUUAAAAACUUUGAGCAACAUCCUGAUUGGCCCAAUGCACGUAUGGCAGUAGCGCCAGUCUGUCUUGUCUGUAAUGCAUGGAUUCGUACACUUCUUUCCCACCAGCAUCAUGUGCAUGUAGCGCAUAUUAAAUAAAAGUGAUGUUAAGAGUUGCUUGCCCAAAUUCUGUUAUUUGACAUUGUAUCUGAGAAUUCCUACUGGUUCUCUGGAUAUAUAACUACUGUAAUGAACCUAGAAAAAGGCACAAGUGAUUAUUCUUUACCUGUAAUUGUUUUGAUUAAUCUUUUGAUCCUUCAGCCCAGUUAAAGACUGAAAAUGUGUAAAUGUCAGAUAUCGCUUAAACCAGAUCUCUUGUUUCUUCUCAUCAUUAAUGGAAAAAACACCCUCUAUCUUUGAUAUUUAAAUGUUAUGAGGAUUUUAAAACUGAAUUUUGUUUAUCUUCUAUAUCAAUUAUUUGAAAAAGUGUGAUUUUAAUGCAGAUCAUUUGAAAAGGACAAAAGUACAAUUUCUAGUGAUUUUCAUGCUGCCAAUAGAAAAGGUAAUAAACAUCCUGGUUUUAUUUUAGCAAACUUUCUUAAAGUGUUUGGGGUUAUUUAUUUAUUUUUUACAGACUUAUUUCAGGAAGACGUGACCAUUAUGCUUCAAAGCAAAAUUUCAAAUUAAGAACAAAUUAUAAAUCUUAAAGGCUUUUAGUGUUACUCUCAGUUUGGCAACAUUUUACAAGCUGUUAAGCUGUAUCUUUAUUAAAAAGAGUAUUUGAGGUUUGACAGUUCAGGCUAUCUUCUUUGAAAAAGGAGGAGGGAAUCAUUUUAUCUCAGUUUGAACAAAAUUAGCACAGCCCAACAGUUUCUAAGAGCUAUGUACAGUUUGCCCACAAUGGAGUUUAUUACUGCUUUUGGGAGUUGCUUUUUCUGUUUUAUAAAAGAAUAUUGUAUUAUUGCUUCUAAUCUUCUUUUCCAAGUCAAACUUUAAAGAAAACUUUUAUAGAACUUGUUUUCAUAAAGGAAAUUAUCCGCUUUUUUUCUUUACCAGGCACAUUUCUGAAGUUAAUACAUGACUUUUUAUGGCAGAACUUCAACAUAUGUAGAGAGAAUGUGUACUCAUCUUCCAGCUUCAAAACAUGAAUUUUUAAGGGUUGUUUUUAAGCUUGCUACAUUGUAGUGUUAUUAAAUGACUUAGAACUAAUGUGAAAAAACUUGUUGGGAAAUUGAGUAGAAAAAUUAAUGAAAUGUUUUCGCUGUUGACAUAAUUUCAACUGAAGGUAAUGAAGAAUAGUUUUUCAGCUAUUUGGAGAAAAUUUGUUUUGCUCUGGAUACGAUAGUAAUUAUGGAGUAUUUUCAAAGCUAUGAUACAGUUUUUUAAAAUGGUUUCCUAAGGACUAUAUGAGGUACAUCUUGAACCCAUUCAUUUAUUUCAACUUAUAUGCCCUCUUUUAUAGAGGCUUUAAUUUUGUAAAGCAAUUCAAGGAAUAUAUAACCCUUAUGAAUAAGUAGUAUCCAGUAGUCAAGACAGUGUGGGACUGACGGGCGUAAGGAUCGACAAAUCAGUGGGCUAGAAGAAAGAGCCCUGAUGGAAUAGGAGAGCCCAAAAGUAGUUCUACAUUUGUACAGUCACUUGAUUUUCAACAAUGGUGACAAAGCAAUCCAAGGAGGAAAGUGUUUUGAACAAAUGGAGUGAGAAUAACUGAAUAUGUAUAUGGGAAAAAAAAUGAACCUUGACCCCUUACCUCAUACCAUGCACAAAAAUGAAUUUGGGAUGGAUCGUAUACCUUAAUGUAGCUAAAGUAUAAAGCUUUUUAGAAGAAAAUAAAGGAGAUUAUCUUUGUGGCUUGAGGGUAGCCAAAGGUUUCUUAGGUCAUAGAAGAAAUAACUAUAAAAGAUCUAAAGCUCAUCAAAAUUAAAAACUUAACCUUUGACAAACACUAUUAUUAAGAGGAAAGAGUAUCAAACCUUGACUUUUUAGAAAUAGCUUUAUUAACCAACUGUGUUAAUAAGGGCAUGGAUUUUUUCUUAUCAAUCUAAUUCUAAUAAAUCUCGAUAGGAAUUUCCAUAGCUUAAGGAGCUUAUCUGCUUUUUCUUUGAUUGAAAAUGCAUUGUGAUAUAGUAAGAAGACCAGACUCAAUGGUCUAAGACUGGAGGUGCCCCAGAAAACAUGGCCCUUGGUCUCUCCAU